AUGUUCGGUCCGAAAUCCAAUAGUGCCAUCGUUCGUUCCAAGUGCUUUCGUUCCAAGUGCUACCAACCGAACUCAAGUUCAUUCCCGGUUCUUUCCAAGUCCAUUGAUACAAAAGCGAAACCAAGCAUCACGAUGCGAACAAGGAGCGAAACCUUAGCCGAGCCGAACCACAAGUUCGCUUUCGUUCUCCCCUCUUUCGUUCCAUGUUUUAACAAACAAACCCAAUAUAGUUCUAGGCUCGUUCCGAGUCCGUCGAUCAAAGCGAAUCCACGUCAACGAACGUUAGAGCUAGCCCAGAAAUCAAUUCCAAGUCCUUUCGCUCCGAAUCAAUCUCACAAAUGUACGUUCGAUCGUUCACAGGUAAGGUAA